AUGAUGCGGCGCAUCAAGCGUGAGGCGGCACUGCUGCAGGCUGUGAGCAGCGACAAUGCUGCUGAGGUGUCUCUGGCCAUGGGCAUUCCGGAGGCUGGCGGAACAGCAAGCGAAGAUGUGGCAAAGGAGCAACAGGAGUUACUGGCGCUGAAGGUGAAGCCCACCUUCAACGAUCCCAAGGAUGCCAGCGCCUUCUUUCACUCCAUCGCCAGUUACGGUAUGGAGUUUGGGCUGAACGAAAACAUUACGCAGCUGGCACGGCGCAAUGACAAGACCCAGGCCUUUCAGCUACUCCUCACGCUGGAGAAGCAGCUGGGCCUUGCACCUCCCAGGGACCUAGAUUUGGAAGCUGCCUUGCUAGCGGCAGUGGCGAAGAACCAAGGGGAGGAGAUCAAAAAACUCCUGCAGUCGGAAGCAGGACAGGCCGUUUUGCAGUUGCAAGUGAAAGAAACGUUCAAUGACCCGGCGGAGCUGACGGCGUUUUACCACUCCGUGGCCACCUUUGGACUGAAGUUCCAGCUGGGCGACAGCCUGUAUGACCUCGCGGUCCGCAACGAGCGCCCUGCUGCUGCCCAAAGCCUCGCGAGCACCACUGAAACGCCCGCAGCCGUGGAAGCACCGCUCGAGGUGCUGGUGAUGAACACGCUGAACGGCCAAGAGCUGUGUCGGGUGAGCGCCAGUAACACCUGGACGAUCCUUCAGCUGGCGCAAGAUGUGGCUUCCAAGGUACCAACACCUGGUUGUCGCGUGUUUCUGCUGGGCGGCGCAGCCUUGACGACCGGCACCGCCUUGGGCGAUUUGCUGGAGAAAGAGGGCGCGCCCAGCUUGGAACUAUCGAGUUUGGUGCGCAGCAAUGUUGAGGGCAUCUACUCGGCCAAGGUCCAACCCGAUGAUGAGAUGGACGGCCCCCUGCUGGGUGGACCUGGAGGGCGCCUUGCAGGGGGCCUUGCAGGGCGGCGCCUACGGCGACGGCCCAGAGACAUGCAGCUGGAGUUGAAGAUGGAUGGAAACGCCAUCUUCGAAUUCUCAGAGAGGCCGAUCGAUCGCGGCCAUUGUGCACCACCUUCUGGUGGAUAUUUGCUCAGUGGCACGGGGAUGUGGAGCUUUGAAGGGCCAGGCGUUAAGGUUCGGAUAACUGAUGCCCAAACUGGGCACUUUAUGCGCUGCAUUCCUUCCCUGGACCGAACCAGCGACAUGACUCCCUUUUCCCUGACCUUUUCCAUGGUGAAGGAGGAUCAGAUGGACUUGGUGGAAUUUGCUGACGAGAAGGCCGCGGAUGGCUUCAGUCGCCGUCCUCGUUGCCCGCUGGGCACGGCCUUUCUGAAACAACCCGAGGGCGAAAGGGGGCGGCUGGUGAAUUUUCGGUGA